GAAGUCUUUAUUUAUUUCGUCGACUUGCGUCACGAGGCGCGACGCCUCGUCUCGAUCAACGCGUCAUCCCUUUUUCCCGCCACUCGUCGUCAUCAGCCAUCGCUACUCGGCUGCUCCUCUUCCUCGCGCGCGGCCCUUUUUGGCGCGAGUGGCUUUCCCGAAGGACGAUGGCGGCGGACAUGGCACGAUAUGCUUCCCAUGUGACUCUCAUGCUGCUGACACAUGGAGCUCAAUGGAGCUCGGCGAGCUCGCGCGCGACACGCGACGCGAGACGUCGCGAGAUAACGCGCUCCACUCGCUCGAACCAGACGCGUCGAUCUCGCCAGGACACUUUGCGACUGGCCAUAUCCAUAAGGAUAUCCGUUGCGCGGAAGCUCGUGACUUUGAAGGAAUAUGCACGCGAGACCAACUUUCAUUAAGAGGUGGAAAAAGAGCUGAGUUUACAUCUGAUGAGGAUUCCAUCAACAAUGAUGCGUGCAGCGAUAUCAGCGGCCAAUCCGACAAUCGUAGCGUACAGGAGGAUGCGAAUGACAACGAGGUGGACGAGCUCGCUCAGCAGGAGGCGUUCGAGGAGAAGCUGAAGGAGGCGAUCGACGGCCUGACGCAGAAGAGCGCGAAGGGCCGCACCGUCUGCUUCAAUGGCAUAGAGAAAAUUUUCGCCCUCAAGUACAUACCCGAUUUCGUGGAGGACAGAAAAAUGACCAUUACGGAUGCCGUGGAACGUGGCCUGAAGAAAGGACGGGGCGAAGAGCAGUCGACGGCGGCCAGAUUGAGCACCCUGCUGUGCGUCCAAUUGGGCGCCUUCGAGAGCGCCGAGAUAGUCUGCAGAGAUCUAAAAUCGACUCUUAUCUUCAUCGCUAACGACAAUACAGCUUCUGUUCACGCUCGCGCCGAGUGUUGCUGGGCAUUGGCCAUGAAUCAAUUCUUGUCGGGCAAUGAUGCGACCGACACCAUGGAAAUUGCCCAGUUACUGUCGUCUAUCUUUUCGGGCUCCUAUUUAAAAGGAAACGGCGCGAUCGCGAACAUAUCCACAGACGUGGCGGCGCUCCACGUUGCAGCUAUCUCGUCGUGGACCCUACUGCUGACGGUCAUGACCUCCGCUGAUGUUUACAAUUUGCUCGCGAGCAGCAGAACGAACAGUUACAUGCCCUCGCUCAAUCGAUUGCGCGAAUUGUUAAAAUCACCGCAUCUCGACGUACGUCUGUCAGCCGGCGAAGCACUGGCGGUGAUAUUCGAACUCGGUCGUGAUUUCUCCUGCGACUAUGAGCAGAAUUGGGCGCUUGACCUAGUCGAAAUUCUAAAAGAACUCGCCACGGAUUCGAACAAGUAUCGCGCUAAGAAAGAUCGCAAACAGCAACGCGCUAAUUUUAGAGAUAUUCUGCGUUAUAUCGAGGAAGACAUCGUUCCGGAGAUGCAUGUGAAAUUUGGUCAAGAAAUUCUCUAUUUAGAAGGAUGGUGCGCGAGAACCCAGUACAACGCCUGCUGCCGACUAUUGGGUCCCAGCAUCAAUAUCCAUCUUGCUGAAAAUCAACUCUUGCGCGAAAUCUUUCACCUCGGCAACAAAGUUUUACUUCCACCAAUCACGAUCAAAACGAGUAAAUUAGAGAGGACAUUGAUGAACGCGGCCGCGUUCAAAGCACGCACCAUUCAGCGUAACAAAAAUCGCGACAAACGAUCUGCGGCUAUGGCACCGUAAUCACACUUCUGCUUUCCUAUGCUGGUUGUUUCAUUUUUUUAGUGUAAUGCAAGUAUAUUUGAAUUUUUUAAUUUAUUGCAACUACAUAUAAUAGCAUAAAUUGUUGUUUUCUUCAAUCGAUUCGCGAGUCGAAAUUUCAGAUAUUUCACGUGGUACACGUCCUUUAAAUCUGAUGUGAAUAUGUAAUUCAUCUCGUCGUUUUAGCUAUAUUUAUUUAGUAAAUAUUUAUUAAUGAAAUCCACCUGUAUAUACAAGUCAAAAUAUGUGUAUAUACAAUCGUAAUGCUGGUUACAAUAAUUGCAUUUCAUAUAAAUUAUUUCAGUACGUAUAUUAAAGUUUUAUCAAAUUAAAUAUUGAUCUUUUCAACUAUUAUUGUUCUCCUCUUAUAUAUGUAUGUAUAAAAGAGGCUAAAUAUACUAUACACGUUGAUUUUGGCAUUAAAAUUGCAAGUUGUAAUUGUUAUAGAUUGAUUUAUGAUGUUUAACAAAUGUAUUGUAAUGUGCAAACUCAUGGAAUUAUUUCGUACAUAACAGUACCUACAAAAUGUAUGAAAUAUUUACUAGCAUUGUACAUAAUUAAGUGUAAGUUGUAACAAUGUAUUCACCAAACUAAAGUAUAGAUUAUAUAAAGAUAAAA